UUACAUAGCAGCCCUUGCACUUUUGUCAUCUUUCUGCUAUGUUCGUGUUGUUCAUGUCUCUAUGGUUCAUGUGGUGUAGAGCCAGUGGAAGAGCCAUUGUGAGUUUGAGAUAUCAUCACUGACCGUCGUGCACGAAACGACAACCCGUGUUCACCAUGACCGAUCUGGACCCAGUCACUCUUCUCGUGAAGACCUGCGUUUUGCUUGUAUGCCUCUACGAGGUGUCUGCAAUCAAGUGCUACCAGUGCAGCACCAGUGACGAUCCUAAAGGGGAGGACCUCUGUGGUGCCUACGAAUACUACGACAAAACUAAGAACACGGCCGUCGAGUGCCUGGGCGAAGAAGCCCACGCUUUGGGAACUUUUUGCUACAAGAAAAUUCAGCAGUCACCCAGGGGAUUCAUCUGGGACGGAAGGUGGCGCAGUGUGGAGCGCCGAUGUGCCCAGAUCUCCGAGCGUGGUGUCAACUGGGGCUGUGACUGGGGCUACCACGAGAAUGGCGUCUAUUGGGAGGAAUGUUACUGCGCCGAAGACAACUGCAACGGGGCGCCGAAGGCGGGACUCGUCCACCUAGUUCUCGUCUUCUGCGCAACCGUCGGGGUCCUCCGCCACCUCCUCGUCGUUUAACGGGCACCGAUAAGUACGUUGGGAGGUCCUUCUGUUGGAAUGUUUUUCGAAGACUCGAAAGUUCUCAGUAGGAAUCGUGCUUCAGCUGCGUGAGUGCGCACUCCCGCAACUUGGCCAUCGUCUUCGAGUGAAAUGCACUGCUCCCCGAUGCUGGGUGUGUGGUCGUGCUGCACCCGUCGAGUUAACCUGCCACAUUUUGUAGCGGACUGACCUCCCGAACGUCAAUGCGACCGAUUAGACUUUUGGAAAGGGCACGCUGUUUACUGUCAAGUGUGGGCCCAUUUUCUACGGAAGGUUGUUAGACUUAGAAUUGGAAGAACCGCUAUUUUCUGGAACAACUCUUGAGGAGUUAGUACGAAGUCCGUUGGUGGUCAAGUCCCAUUAGGUAAACGUUUGUAACCAACCAUGCUUGCUGGCAUGAUAAAAGCGCCUUAGUGGAAAGAUUUGCGAUGCGUCAGUGUUCCCAACCGGCAAAAAACAAGUUUUGUGUUGUCAACAGGUGGAGUUAGGUACAACUGGGCUGCUAAUGAGCCACUAUUAUUGUAUAUGUUAUCAAAGUUGGUUUAUGUUUGUUUAUUCAACCCUGUCCUUUGAAAGUAUGAGUUUCAUUUUUCUUUGCACCUUGCCAUAACUACCUACAUGGCUGUUGGAGGAGUUGAAUCUCUUCCUUAUCAAAUUGAGGCAGUGCUAAUGGACCCAUUUCUGUUUCAAUGUUCAGUGGGUCCAGUUAGGGAUCAAUACAUCUGAUACCAGCCCAUGGUUUGUUGCAAGGUGGGAAAACAUUUUGCUCCAACUCGGGCAUGAUGUUUGUUUCCGUCCAUCUCAUUUCAUAAGGUUUGAUUGUGCCCGUCCUAGGAAUUUUCAUAGACAGGAAGACAGAACUACCCUUGUGGCGUUUUUAUACACUCUUGUUUGGACAAUUUUGUCAAUUUGCAAUGGUUAAAAAAUACCCUUGUAUAGUGAAAGCUUGUGGGAUUUAUUGUUCAACACCUUUGCUCAAUGAUGGCAGCAUGCAGCCAAGGGGGGGAGAGAGAUGGGGAAACAUUGCCAGCCAAUUACGGUAUUGCAUGAAGGGACAUACAACACCAUGACUGGCCGGCACCUUUGCACAAUCACGGCUGCAUGCAGCCCAGGGGGAGAAAGAGCUGGAAAGAGGCCAUGUUGAAAAGGGGAAUUCAGGUUGUCAACAUAAAAAUAUAUGGUUAGGUUAGAAACAUGGCCUGGGAAACAUGCUUUUAGCAAACACCGGUGUGCAUGUUUGUUAUCCCUUUUAUGGGGCAUUCUUGAAAUGAGAUUGCAAUUGUAUGCGAUGUGUAACUGCUUUAAUCCACACAUUUUCAUAAUCCGUCCAAUGUACAGAAAAAAUAAAUUAUUUUUUUACACAUUUA